UCAAUACGUUGUCGUAUCCUCCGCUAUCUUUUACACUCAAAGAUCUGCACCAUAAAUAGUCCUACCAAUCAACCCCCAUUAACCCACCAUCACACUCUCUUGUUACAUUUCCCUAAAAAUGGCUGUUGUCUCCACCAUUGUCUUCAUCAUCUUCUCAAUGUUCGCGGUCACGUUCGCCAGAAUCCCCGGCAACUUCGCCGGUGGCCCAUGGGAAGGUGCCCAUGCAACCUUCUACGGCGGAAGCGAUGCCUCCGGUACAAUGGGUGGGGCUUGUGGGUAUGGAAACCUGUACAGCCAAGGCUACGGAGUGAACACUGCGGCGCUAAGCACCGCAUUGUUCAACAACGGGCUUAGCUGCGGAGCAUGCUUUGAAAUAAAGUGCGCGGACGACCCGCGAUGGUGUCACCCGGGUAGCCCGUCUAUUAUUAUCACCGCCACCAACUUCUGCCCGCCAAAUUACGCGCUCCCUAGCGACAAUGGCGGGUGGUGCAACCCGCCUCGCACGCAUUUUGACCUUGCCAUGCCUAUGUUUCUUAAGAUUGCUGAGUACCGAGCCGGCAUUGUUCCGGUCUCAUACCGCAGGGUACCAUGUAGGAAAUCCGGCGGGAUUAGGUUUACGAUCAACGGUUUCCGUUACUUCAACUUAAUGUUGAUCAGUAACGUUGCUGGUGCAGGCGAUAUCCAAAAGGUGUGGAUCAAAGGCACGAAAACCAAUUGGAUGAGCAUGAGUCGUAACUGGGGACAAAACUGGCAAUCUAACGCAGUUCUCAUUGGUCAGGCACUCUCUUUCAGAGUCACCACUAGUGAUCGACGCACGUCCACCUCGUGGAACAUAGCGCCGGCUCAUUGGCAAUUUGGCCAGACCUUCACUGGGAAGAAUUUCCGAGUCUAAGGAGAAACCAAAUUUCUUAUUUUACCCUUUUAGGAAAAUUGUGUUAGUUUUGUUGUUGAGUGUUAUUUGUGUUUAGUGUUAUGGGGUGUGAAAGUUAAUAUGUGAAAAGAUGGAGGGGUAGAAUUGUCAUGUUUGGAAACUUUUUGAGAUUUCCGGACAUUUAGGUUUGUGUUUUACAGUUGGGCUGAUGCGGCUGCAAAAAGAAGGGGCAGCCCACAACAAAUGCUGCUAAAGAUUUUAGUCAAAAAGUGGUGUUUAUUAUUUUUAUUUAUUUUUUGUAUUUUGGGUUUUAGAAGUGAAUUGUAUCUAGGGUUUGUGUUGCUACUAAUUUACAUCUUGUAAGUUAGGAGAAAAGAACUUAUUAUUUAUAUUUGGUUUGUAUUCA